UAGACUGCAGCGACAGCUCACUUUGGUGUUUUGGAACGGUAUGAAAGGUUGACAUUCAACAGCCAAAGAACUUUGGAUUUCACACCUUCAUGGCUUAACGGAUUGUGGCAUAAACUACUGCUUUUUAAUAUGAACUUCAUCAGAUCUCGCAUUGCCACUGGGACGUUGAUUGGUCAGUGGCGCGGACAUGCGCUGGAGCAUGGGGGUGUUCGGAAGAUGUGUAACAAACCUCAGGAGGGGCACUCUGAGGUGCCUGCAGUACCAGCACAAGCACCCCGUCCUGGGUUCAAGCUACCCGGCUACAGACCAUCCAACAUGGACAGGAAGAUCCUAGUCUGGUCCGGGCGCUUCAAGACCCCCAACCAGAUCCCAGAGCUUGUGUCGUUCGAGAUGCUUGAUGCGGCCAGGAACAAAGUCCGAGUAAAGGCCUGCUACAUAAUGAUGGCGGUCACCAUCGGAGCCUGUCUAGUCACAGUCAUCUUGGGAAAGCGGGCCGCUGGCAGACAUGAGUCUCUGACCUCUCAGAACAUGGAGAAGAAAGCGAGAUGGAGAGAAGAGAUACAGAAGGAGAAGGACACAGCAGCAGCCCUAGAAGCAGCUAGCCUGACCGUAAAGGCUCAGUGAGAGGGACUGGAUGAGAACGACCACACCUCCACCUGUCCCCCAACACUACACUCUUGUGUCCCACUGUUGUAGUCCCAUCCUCUGGGCUGAUGGUUGGUACGGUAGCCUGUGGUACUGGGGACUCCAUUUCUCUUGUAACGUAGCAUCGCACAGGAAUUGAGCAGAGAGAUUUGGUAUUUCGUUUUGGUUCAAUUACUUACACCCUAGAUCCCCUAUCUAUUUCAAAAGAAUGUAUGAGAGGUCAGUUGUAUACAAUAACUCAUUUUAUAGAGAAAUCUUUACUGAGUAUAUGUAUUUGGUUUAGAGCAUCUCACCCACACAAUGGAAGUAUGCCAAAUGUUCAUUGCUUUUUUCAUCCAUAAUUUGUGUUUGAUAAUUUGGUCUAAAUUGUCUGGAAGUGCUGUUUUUGUUUUGGGAUUUUGCUGACAUAAUGAAAGCACUCACUCAUUUUUCUGAAUAUAGCUUAUGUGACUGUCCAAACCAUCCUUAUUUCUCUCUCAUGCUCCUCUAUGUAAAUGCCUUAAAUGUAUCCAUAUUUAUCCUAGCAAGAAAGUAAAACUUUAGUUUAGAAUGUGAUAAGUGUUAAGGAUGAUUUGGUCCAUUCUGGCAGUACCACUAAGCCAGCAAAGACUGUAGGUGUUUGGAAGGCUGGAAUUUCAGUCAGGAUGGCUAAAUCAUGACUCAAGGUACACCCAUAUACAUUGUGCACUUCAAAUGUACAACAUGGCUUAUUUUCAGGUAAGUACAUUGGAAAGUGGAUCAUGGACGGGUCCUCGUGUACAUGCCAGAUCACUCCCUUUAGCUUCAUCCUUACCUGAAUGGAGUGUCCUGACACUGAGCAGUGUACAAACCUCUGUCUGUUGUAAAGCCAUUCAAAUGAUUGUGAAAAUCUAAGUCCUGUUAAAGUAGUUCUGAUUAAGUUUGAUGGCACCGUGUUAGAAUCAAAGAGGUUUAACUUGAAUGAGACAAGUUCACGACAAGUUCAUGAAACAGCAUUUAUGCAAAUGGCAUAACAUAGGACAGUUACACAAACUUAAUACGACUGCAGUAUUGAACAUGAAGAGCUAGUAAUCAAUGGAGGAAUCUGACAAAAUAAAGAACUUGGUAAACAAUC